AUUGAAUCUUAAACCAUUCUAAAACCCUUCCAUAGCAAAUGUCUCGAUUAAAAGCUCUCCUUUCGCACCAAACCAAAUGUCUCCUCAAAACCCAGAAUCCUCCUUCCAAAAUCCUUCAUCCCUCACCAUCCUUCACGAUCAGAAGAACCCUUAAUUCCUCUUCCCAGAAACAAACCAAAACCCCACUUUCCGUAUUGUUUCAAGAAGCUGCUGGUGGAGCUGAAGCCCAGAGAGAAGCAAAAAACAAUGGGAUGAAGAGAGAAGUUAGGAACUUGAAAGCAAACCCAAAAGGGAAAAGGAAAGAAAACCAGGGAUUAGAUUGGGAAAGAACCCAGAAAGUUAAGACGGUGAAAGUUAGGAGAGAAAGGGGAGAGGUAAGAGCUUUGAAGGAUCUUUCACAGUUAGCUGAGAUUUUCAUUAGGCAUCUGUUUGCAAAAGGGUAUUUUAACAAGGCUAGUUUUUUGGAACACAACAAGUUGGAUUUUAGUUUCUUUGGGAAUAGUUAUGGCAGGGAUUUCAUCAAGUUUGCUGCUUAUGAGUUCGGUAAAGAUCAUCAAGAUAUUGCAAAAUGGUUGCCGGUCAAUCACUUAAAAAACGUGGUGCUUUUCGGUUGCCCUUCCCUCGAUAAAUAUAACGUCUUCGCUGCUAAGAGAUUGCGCAAGUUCUUCAAAAUUCAAGAAAACACCGUAUGCAGUCGAUGCGUGUUAAAGGAGUCGUGCGAGUACGCGAACAAUAUCAUAUGGGGAAUCGGUACCAAUAGUUUGCUGUUGGUUGAUGUAAUGAAAGUUAUCACAUUGUAUGCUUUAGACUUACUGCCUGCAAAACUCGCAGUUCCGGACGAAGUAAAGGAUUCAAUCAACCAAUUGCUGAAGUUUUUCGAUGUCUUUCGAGGAUCAUAUCUCCAUAUGUUGGAUGAGUACUCGAGGGGAAAUGAACUUGAAGGAUCCGAGUAA